GCAGAUUAGCAGAUCCUUCCAAUGUGACUUCCUGUGGCUAUGAAGAUGGAGACCUCCUGUGUAUAUCUGUAAGAAGCUGGUGGUCCUGUAUGAAUUACUACCUGGCUGUCAUACCCUUUCUGGGGGCAGUGGAAGCUGGGCUUUUUGGGCAGCUGCAGUAUGAGAUUGAAAUAUUGCCACCAGAGGAACAAAGAGAUGAUUUCUGUUAUAGUGUUGCUGACUGCCGGUCUCGCAUUCCCGAUCUCAUGAAUGCCUGGAAGGCCUAUUUUGAAUAUCUGUUAUCUACAGAACACAAAGCAACGAGCCCUGCAACCUUCUCGUCCUUCAAACUGGACGAUGCUCUCUCUCUCAUGUGGAGGGCACAUGUUGCCUCCAUUGCUUAUGCGCGGCCCAAGUUCCACGACAGCUUAAAAUAUCUCUCUGAUCCAGAAGCAAAUUUUGGUGAAGACUGGGCUAAUGCUGUAGAUUUCAUUGCAGCCACACACUUCUCUACAGAUUUACUGACCACAAACAACUUUCAGGUUUUCCUGCCCCAGAGGAUGCUUGUUGUAGGGGAUGUCAUCCCAUUCAUUUGUGACUUCAGUCCACAGCAAAAUAGCGUCCUGCUUUCACUGAGUGUUCUUUACAAAACAAAUAAAUUAACAGGAGGAUUGCUGCUGAGUCUCUGGCAAAAGGCUAUGUCUACUGAAGAAGGAAGAAAAAUUGGCCAAAACCUGAUUACAGACAUGGUUUCAAGCCAGAAGUUUGACCUCCUGGGAAUACAUAAUGUUUUGAUAAGAGCUG